AUGCCCAGAAGGGCUUCGCAGAUGUUGCGCUUCAUAGUCGUUGGAGGGAGCAUCGCAGGCGUCGCUUGCGCAUAUGCGCUACAACAAGCGGGUCACCAAGUAUUGGUUGUGGAGCAGGGCGAUGGGAGUCACGGUGGCAUACGAUCUCCACCAAACAUGACGCGCCUGUUGAAUCAUUGGGGACUCGGACCUGCUAUCGCCCGAGUUUCGAUAAAAGCCGACAGGUUUACUUUCAUGGAUGGGAAAUCCGGGGAAGAACUCGGCUUUCUCGUACUGCACGAGAAGCUUAUGAAGGCGUUAGCGGCGGAUUUUCUAUAUAUGCAGCAUGGAGCACUGCACGCGAUGUUUGUCGAGUAUGCCAAAAGCGCCGGCGUCCAAUUCCGAUAUAACACGGAAGUCGUAUCGGUCGAUCCGUGGAAGGGCAUGGUGAUUACGCGCAAGGGUGCUAGAUUGUCUGCGGACGUGAUUAUUGGUGCGGAUGGUUACAGGAGCGUCGUACGUCCUGUGGUGGUUGGUCCUGAAGGAAUGAAAGGCGUUUUGGAUAAGCGUGUGUCGGUGAACAUCACCGUGCCCACAGACCUGAUGCGGCAACACAAGGAUCUUGUUAAAUUAACGGUCUCACCAGAGUGGUCACUAUGGUUAGGUGAUGAUUGUGCGAUGCAUGGGCUACUCACCGUGCAAUAUGCCGUAGUCAUGCAUGUUCCUACGGAUGGAAAGCCAGCACAAAACUCAUGGGAUCGGUCACAGCCAUUGGAUGAGAAGUUUUUGAAGCUGGACCGCUUUGAACCUAGAACACAAAAACUAGUUAAACUCGCGCAGACUAUGACUCCAACUAGCCAUACUAUUUACGAACCCUUUGAUAAUUGGGUUCAUGAGAGCGGAAAGGUAGUACUAGUUGGUGAGGCCGCCCACCCAUUGAUGCCCAACGGGUCACACAACGCUGCAAUGUCGAUAGAGGAUGCCAUGACACUAUCGACUCUCUUUUCUCUUCCAGCAGCUAAAUCGCAUACGUCCAUUCUCCUUUCCGCUUACGAAGAGCUGCGGCAGCCUCGUUGCGCUGCAACGCAAGCCUCUGAACUACGGAAACGAGAUUUCGUAUGCCUGCCUUUUGGUCCUGGACAGCAAGCUCGCGAUGACGGUUUGCGAGAUGCAAGAGCGCGUGCGCUGCUUGACUGGGACGAAGCGGAAGAAGAAUUUUUACGUGACACAUGGGAGGAAUAUAUCGACCUAUUCGCUUUUGACGCUCGGGAGGCGGUGGAGGAUUGGUGGACGAAAUGGGGGCCGGCUAUAUCCCGCCCGCGGAUGCCAGACUCUCGAAUAGAGAGUGCAGCGAGGAAGUUUGAGUCGUCACGCCUGGAGGCGGGUGGUUUCUAG